GCCUUUCCUUUUACCUACUUCUAUUUACUUUCCUUUUUGCCACGGUUUCUGGCUCUCUCGCUCUCUAUUUGCUUGAAUUUGCUAUCCAAUUCCUUUUAACGGGCCAGUCAGGCAGGGAUUUUGAAUUUCUUUGGGUGUUUGAUGAAACCCUAUGGAUUCGGAGGAUGAGUUCGAUAUGCACGACGCAAACGUACGAUGAUGACUACCGAUGUCGCAGCUGUAGCUGUCGCCUUCCAUAACGCUCGAAAACAAAAAUGAUUUUGAUAUCAUUAUUAAACAUUUAAAAAUUUAUCACCAGCAGCCAACUAGGGUUUUAUUUUAUUUUAUUUUAUUUUUGGGGGUGUUUGGCUGGAGAAGAAAGAAGAAGAAGAUGGAUUCGGAGGAUGAUUUCGGGUGCGAUUAUGAUGACGAUGACUUCUAUUUCGCCGGAGACGACGACAACAACGAUUCUGCAACCGCAGCCGCCGCCGCCGUAGAUAGCGAUGACGAAGAAGAAGCAGAUGUUGCCGCCGAUUACGAGUUCAGCGAUAACUACCCGGACGAUUCGAAUGAAAUCGCUUCGAAUCGCCACCAGCAGAAUUUUUCAAUUUUGACCGAAGCAGAUAUUUAUCAGCGCCAAGAAGAUGAUAUCAAUAGAGUAUCCACUGUGCUUUCCAUAUCAAAAGCUGCCGCUACCAUACUGCUCCGCCACUAUAAUUGGAACGUCAGUAAAGUUCACGAUGAGUGGUUUGCAGACGAAGAAAGAGUGCGGAGGGUUGUUGGGUUAAGGGAGAAAGAGAAAGAGGAACAGCCGAUUGCUGUUGUUGAUCGUCCAAAUAAGUUGUCUAAACUGACUUGUGGGAUCUGUUUGGAAGCCUAUCCCAGUGAUAGGAUAUUGUAUACUAGUGAAGCUAAUUGUGGUCAUCCAUUUUGUAGUGAAUGCUGGACUGGUUAUAUUAGCACAGCCAUUAAUGAUGGCCCCGGAUGUUUGGUGUUGCGAUGUCCUGAACCAUCUUGUGCUGCUGCUGUUGGUCUAGAUAUGAUUGGUAGUUUGGCUUCCAAUGGAGAAAUAGGGAAGUAUUCUCGUUACUUGAUCAGAUCAUAUGUUGAACACAGUCGGAAGAUCAAGUGGUGUCCAGCUCCUGGAUGUGAGUAUGCUGUGGAUUUUGUUUUUGGAAGUAGUGGAAAUUAUGAUGUUACAUGUCGUUGCUCGUUUAGCUUUUGCUGGAAUUGUAGUGAGGAUGCACACCGUCCGGUUGAUUGCGAAACAGUUGCCAAAUGGACAGCGAAAAACAGUUCCGAGUCUGAAAAUACCACCUGGAUAUUGGCUAAAACCAAACCCUGUCCAAAGUGCAAACGUCCAAUUGAGAAAAACCAUGGAUGUAUGCAUAUGACUUGCCGUGAGCCUUGUAAAUUUCAGUUCUGUUGGCUUUGCCUCAGUGCGUGGUCGGGCCAUUCAUGUAACCGUUAUGAAAGAGCAAAGCAUGACGAGGACGAAAAAAAAAGAGAGAUGGCCAAAAAAUAUAUAGAGAGGUAUACUCAUUAUUAUGAAAGAUGGGCAACAAACGAAUCGUCUAGGCAAAAAGCAAUUGCAGACUUGCAGCAAAUGCAGACUGUGAAUCUUGAGAAGCUAAGUGGCAUACAGUGCCAACCUGUGACACAGUUGAAGUUCAUAACAGAAGCUUGGCUUCAGAUAAUUGAAUGCAGGCGUGUUCUGAAAUGGACAUAUGCGUAUGGCUAUUAUUUACCUGACCAUGAAAAUGCCAAGAGACAGUUGUUUGAGUACUUGCAAGGUCAGGCCGAGUCCGGGUUGGAACGACUUCAUCAUUGUGCAGAAAAGGAGCUACAACAAUACGUCAAUGCAGAGGAACCAUCAGAAGGCUUCAUUGGGUUCCGCAGCAAACUUGCUGGACUGACCAGUGUGACAGGAAACUAUUUUGAGAAUUUGGUUCAAGCUCUAGAGAAUGGUCUAUCAGAUGUGAAGGCGCAUGGUUCCUGUAGCAGGGCAGCUAGCUCAAAGAAUUUGGGAGAAACAAGCAGUAAGGUGAGAGGUAGUAGGGGCAGUAGAAAUAUUGAUGAAUGGGGCUAUUGGUCAUGUGAGCAUUGCACCUUUGCUAAUGUCAAGACAGCUACCAUCUGUCAUAUGUGCUAUCAACGCCGCUAGCUCAAAGAAUUUGGGAGGUAAGCAGUAGGGGCAGAGGUGGGACUACUACAAUAUAUAUCUAUAUAUCUAUAUGUAUAUAUAUUUUUAUUGGGUAAAAUAUGAACUAUAUAUACAUAUAUUAGAGGUUUUAUAGUUUUUGCUUUUGAAUGAGAUGUUUUUGUUUCCUUUUA